AUGGAUGUUGAUACGGACGUGUGCCUUGUUAUGUAUUGCCAAUACAAAUAUUGGAUUCUGUUGGGUGCCCAGUCUAUCGCAAAGGGUAAUGAAAAGACAGCCAAAGAUGCAAACUCGGCUUUAAAUGUUCCUCAUAUCGAGUUUUAUCUCUUAACUGUUCUGAACCGGCACCUGUUGCUAAUGCUUACCGUACCUGGCGAGGAGGAACACCCGGAAGUAACGUCACAUACGUCUGUCUUUAGGUACUGUCUUUACGACUACAGCCACACUUCCGGUGAUCUGACCAGAAUUUGUGACGGGACCAGUGGCCAAUAUAGCGGCACGGAACCAGUUUCCACAUCAAGUAGUAAUAUUCAUGUAAACGUCUUAUCUGGAACCAAGUCAACUGUGUUUGAGUCGGACGGACCACAGACGUCCCCAGUGGUGAGAACAAAGUGUCCAGAUUUUGUGUAUGGAAACGUUGUUAAUGUAACUGGAGACACUGCAAAUCCGUCUGCCCUGGAAAUAUGCCACGUUGAGAUAUACGGACGAAAACAUAGCUCUGGCUGUGAUAGACCUGGCGUGAUAGUCGGCAUAAAACCCAUGUACACCAACGCUGCUUUCAACGCAGUUGCUAAAUACCUAUGUGACGACAGAGCGGGUUUCUUCUUCAUAGGUGGAGGUUUUAAAAGUACCUGCAGCAUUCCUGACAGUCAGUGGAAGAGAUCAGCUCCCAGCUGUCAGGAAGAAUAUUUCCUCAUAGGUCCGAAGUUUGUUGCUCACAAGAAGUCCUCAUCUGUUAUUGUGUGGGACACCGGCGAAGUGAAAGGAAUAUGGAAGAUUACAGUAUCCGUUAAAAAUAAAGGUUUUAUUGACGGUUUGAAGAUUACUGUUAGUAAAACUAGAGACGGGCCUACAAAACAAUGCUAUCGAACGAAGAGAGUGGUUGCACGCCAGAAGGUGAAACACGUUCUGACGGUAGCUUUCAGCUGUACAGCAGCUCCAUACAUCCGGUACAUCACCGUUCGCCAAACGAAUGGCAAGUCGCCAUUUUUUCCUGUUCGAGCGUUUGGACAGUAUCGCAAUAUUGAUUCUGAAUGCAUUCGUCACAAAGGUAUUGGUUACAAAGGUCAGGUGAAUUUCACAGUGUCCGGGAAGAAUUGCAUCAGAUGGGAUCAGAUAAGCAAGCUGGGUUUCACCAGUAAAGUUUUACCCGACUACUCUAUUAAAGAAGCUGGAAACAUGUGUCGUAAUCCGAAUGCUAAGAAAACGCAGCCAUGGUGCUACACAUCACUGGGUAAAAGCUGGGAGUUCUGUCCACUGCUGCCUUGUGCUAAAGAGUGCAGUUUGAGACUCGCUAAAAUUCCCUAUUACGGAGAUAUUGACAGAACUGUCUCGGGACAAAAAUGUCAAAAGUGGAGCGAAGACAUACCCCAUAAACACGCGUUCAAGUUACGCAAACUGUUUCCUUAUGAGAACAUCAACCAGGCUUACUGUCGUAACAUUCUAUCAUCCCAGACCAGACCCUGGUGCUUCACAACCAACACUUCACUGAGAUACGAGGCGUGCAACGUGCCAACUUGUCCCUCACGUUUUGAUAUAUUCACGGCCAGUGUUGCUAACAAAAGUAGCUUGGAACACUUCAAAAAUCAAGAGCGCUGUUUUUACUGGAAACCAUAUUUGAAGACUAAAUACAAAACUGUGUACCCAGUUGUCCCAGGGAAGAUCUGUGAGUCAAAGAAACUAGUUGUAGUCUCCUGCGUCCAGCUGGAUGGUGAUGUUUUCAGCUGGAAAUAUGUUCUCCUCAACUGUACUGAUGAACCACUCACUACUGCGACCACAACACCAGAAACAACUACGACGUUAGCACAAUCAACAACUACGACCUCAACACAACCAACAACUACGACUUCAACACAACAAACUACUACGACUUCAACCCAACCAACAACUACAUCAACACAAUCAUCAACUACAACAUCAACACAACCAUCAACUAUAACCUCAACACAACCAACAACUACAACAUCAACACAACCAUCAACUGCAACUUCAACACAAUCAACAACUACAAUCUUAACACAAUCAACAACUACAACAUCAACACAACCAACAACUACAACCUCAACACAACCAAUAACUACGACAUCAGCACAACCAACAACUAUGACCACAAUCCACAACUACGACAUCAGUACAAUCAAUAACUACGACCUCAACACAACCAUCAACUACGAUGUCAACACAACCAACAACUACAAUCUCAACACAACCAAUAAUUACGACAUCAGCACAAUCAACAACUACGACCUCAACACAAUCAUCAACUACGACGUCAACACAACCAGUAACUACAACCUCAAAACAACCAAUAACUACGACAUCAGUACAAUCAACAACUACGACCUCAACACAACCAUCAACUACGAUGUCAACACAACCAAUAACUGCAAUCUCAACACAACCAAUAUCUACGAUGUCAACACAACAAACAACUACGACAUCAACAAACCCAUCAAUUACGACAUCAACACAAUCAGCAAAUACGGCCACAACACAGCCAAACACUACGACCUCAACACAGCUAUCAACUAUGACAUCAACACAAUCAUCAGCUAUGAGAUCAACGCAAUCAGCAAGUAUGAAAUCAACACAAAUAUCAACUUCAUCAACACAGUCAACAACGACGCCAUCAACACAACCACCAACUAUGGCAUCUACACAAUCAACAAGUACAACGUCAACACAACAGUCAAUUAUGACAUCAGCAACACAUACAACUACCAGCCCAAUAACAGAACCACCAAAGUACAGCUACAACCAUACCAUUCCCAAAACAUCUAA